AUGGACCCUUUUGUUCGCGACGGCAAGACUUUCCUCCUUUUCUUCCUAUUCUUUGCGGGGCAUGGGCUUCUCCGAUCUACAGCGCAGGAUGGGGGUGAAUUAAAGAUCGAGAUCCUCUACGAAUCGCAAUGCCCGGCUUGUUACAAAUGGCUGAGGGAACAACUGAUGCCAACUGUACAGCAGCUUGGGGGCGAUGUGCUUGGGGAGGCGAAGAUUAGCUUCGAGAUCUUGCCUUUCGGUAACGCUAAGGAGACAACUGAUGAAGACGGACACCACACUUUCCAGUGUCAGCAUGGCCCGACGGAGUGUUACUUGAACGCAGUAGAAGCAUGUGGAUUGCAAGUCAUUGAGCCAAAGAAUGUUGAGGCGUGGUUACCUUGGGUCGCCUGCGUUGAGGACGCAUCUGCGUUCCCUCCGAAACAGCAGAGUUCUCCCGUCGUUUCGCCGCCGCUAGAGUCUCACCUGGCUGCAGAUGACACGCAGGAGCUGCAGCAGCCAGCUGGGCUGCCCCCCUCCUCUCUUGCGGGAGUCUCAGAGGAGGCGGCGCCGCUUGAGAGCGUUGCUGCCUCUUCCGUUUCUAAUCCGGUCUCUUCUGCGCCUGCGGCCGCCCCGAUUUUGUCGUCGUCCGUAUUGAAUCUGUCACCUCUGAACAGGGACAGGUGGGAUUCACUUCCGCCCGCGUUGCAGUCUUUCUACACCCUCGUGUCGCUCGAGCCUCGACGGGCAGCCGCAACGCGCUCACUGACAGUUGCAGGGGUACCGAAGAAGAACCUUCUGGAGAACCUCACGUCCGUUUACGAGGCGCAGGCCGGAACAGUGAAUGCGGAUGGAGAGGCGGGGACUCAUGAGGCGAAAGGACAAACGCCGCUGCCGCCGCGAGUUGAUGCGUCGAACGCAAGCCCCUCACAGCUGGGAGAGAAAUAUCGGGCAGAUGAGGCACUCGCGAGCACCGCGGCAGGGACAGGGAAGAUGGAGAAGAGGAAACAUGCUCUUGGAGAUGGUGAAGUAUACGAAUGGCUCAAGUGCCGGGUGCCUACAAAGGAUAGCCUGCUGGACCGCGCACUGAUUUUCGGAUGUGCAGAGACAGAAAUCGCCGCCAAUGUGAUGCACGAAGUAGCAGCAAGAACAGUUGCCCAUGACUACGUGCCUUGGAUCCUUGUGAACGGCGAGCAUUCAGCAAUAAUGGAGAAGUCGCUGCGUUGCGGUUUGUGCCGCGCGGUUAACCUCGACACGGCGCCCGCGAAGGUGAAAGAGUGGUGCAAAAGAGGCGAAUACGACUGUCUCCGCGAGACGGCGGAGGCGGCUGGAAACGUAGACGCAGUGGACGCAGGUUCCGCAAAUGACAGCACCGAGGGAGCCAGGCGGGAAUCAUUUGCUGACAGCCUGUCUGCUCGGCUGCGCGCCACGAGGCAGCGAGAAGCGUAA